AGCAGUUCCUCGCUCACCGCAGUGGCGCACGGCUGCCCGCCUGGAGGCCGACGGGAUGACCUGUGUUUGUGAUUCUCGAGGCUUGGCUGUGAGCCAAGUUCCGCAUGAGAAGGCGCCAAGGCAUGUUUUGGAGAGGGACCAUUGGGUGCUGAGUCGGAGACGUGGCAGAUCGCUUCAGGUUGUUCAGAUUGAACGUUUCUUGUGAAGAUGGAAUGAAGAAAAACAACAUUAAAUUCUCUUCAUAACUUGAGCAGCUUUUCUCUUGGAGUUUAACGACAGCUGUUGCUAUGGUGAAAGUGAGUAUAGUUCAAUUAUUUCCACGACUGGUUAUGUAAUUUGUCGUAAUUUGUAUGGAUAUGUCAUCUAAAUCGAUCGUGAAAUAUUGUGAUUUACUAUGUAUGUAGCUCCAUAAUUAUGUGAGUUUGUAAAUUUCAAGUGAUUUCUGCAGACUGUUCGCAGGGCCAAGCUCGGUUUUCAGAACGACAGACUGAAGAUCACCUUGUUUACUGAAACCCCAUCCCUUUUACUCCCAACCUCAUCAUUUCAUCUGCUCACCCAUUCUUUCAUCAUCAUUAAUGCCAUAAUUCUAUUUUUGCUUUCAUCGAGAGUGUAUGCGAGAGUUAUGAAUUGGGAUUGGCUGUGAGACAAUAAAGUGAAUUUUCAUAUUAUUUUUGUAUGGAAAUGAAUAUUCAAUUCCAUUUGGAAUCAUUUUGACGACACUCUCGAAACCUAAAGUUGAAACUGAACUAGCAUGUACUAACAAAUGUAUACUUGUAGAUUGGUGGGAAACUUCUGAAGGCAGCGAAAACUUUGAGGCACAAGGUUACAGCAGCAAAGGCGAAUACCCAUUCCCUCAUACCAGCUGCCCUGACAGGACGUCGCUCACUGGAGCGGACGCCGAGUGUCGGUCCGUCUGCAGGAGUGACGAAGAUUGCCCCGCACUCCAGUACUGCUGCGUUAGUACUUGCGACCGUAGGUGUGUCACGCCGCGGGUGCUAGAUACAGGAGAUGACUGUGGUUGUUCAGUGUCAUUUCUACCGAUGAAAUGGCCAUAUAGUCCCUCUUAUGAUUCUGAGCAAGUAAACGCAAGAGUUGUCAACUUCAUAUGGCAAUCUGUGAAAGACAAUUUCUCUCCGUCAAUGGAAGUCCACCUGCUUGAUGUCAAUUUCCGAACCACCGGGAUAGGACAGGUCGACGAUCUCUGUCAACUGGAAAAUAUUUUGCAGUUCGAAUUCAGUAGAAAAUAUUUCGAUUUGUUCAAAAAGCCUCACAGAAAGUUACUUGUGAUCGGCGACAGUGUCGACUUCUUCACAAGUGUUACUGAAGCGGGCGCAUUGGGCGAGAUCUUCGAGUCGGUGUGCGCGGUGGCGGUUGGGAACGUGACGCUCAGCGACAGCCUGCUCAGCCAGUUCGCAUCCACUGCCAGUCCAGGAGAACCUUGUGUAUGGCGGGUGGACUCUUACGACCAACUGGGCGAUCUCCAGCCAGAGGUGGAGGCCGUAAUCGACGAUGGAAACUGUCUUUGUCCUGGCGAAACAAAGGGUCAGGGCACAUGCGCAGGGCCCGGCGAGAGCUGCGUGCUCGACGAGGACUGCGGUCUGAAGGGCGACUGCGUCGGCGGCGUCUGCAGGGAGCGACCUUGCCACGUCCCAGACUCCUACGACCCAAGCAGCGACAUUAAUUACGAUUAUUAUGUAGAAGAUUAUUACUAUUAUUAUGGAAACUACGACGACUACUUUUUUGAGUCUGGCACUGAGUAUUUCUUUGACUACGAUUACCAUUAUAGCGACAGUGGUUCAAGGAGAGCGGAACGAUGGAAGGAACCGCUGAAUAAAUUUUCUCAAGAGAAAGAGUCAAAGGCUGAUGUCAAAGAAGUUUUUGGACUUUAUCGGGGCUGUUGUGGCAACGGCAGAUUGACGUGCAGCGGAGUCCCAGCGGUGUGUGUUUCCCCGGAUUCUGUUUGCGACGGAACUGCUGACUGCAUCAACGGGGACGAUGAGACGCCGGAGGCCUGCGAGAAGCGUGUGUGUGGCGAGGGAAGGUUCCAGUGUUCCAGCGGAGAAUGUGUGUCGAGGCGGAAGGUGUGUGACGGCGAGGUCGACUGUCCUGACGGAUCCGACGAAUUCUGUCGCAACUUCACCGACUGCCCCGCACCUCGGUCGCACUACUGCUCGUCCGGGGAGUGCAUCGGCCUUCGCCAGAUAUGCGACGGAGAUUUAGACUGUCUGAGUGGAGAAGAUGAGCUUUCUUGUCGAUGCUUAAACUUUAAAUGUUUGUCAGGAGAAUGUAUAAGUACAUAUGAUGAGUGUAAUGGAAGGCAAGAAUGCAAAGACGGUUCGGACGAGCACUGUGUUCCGCCCAAUGGAGAUCCAUGCCCACCGUCUCGUCCAUUUCCUUGUGGUGAUGGCAGAUGCAUUUAUGAUUUUCUCACGUGUGAUGGUUAUAAACAGUGUGCUGAUGGCUCUGAUGAAGACCCAAAAGUCUGUGUAACGCCCGACUGUUUCACUUGCAAUUCUGGAGAAUGUAUAAACCCUGGACUGCGCUGCGACGGAGUGGAUGACUGUGAGGAUGGUUCUGAUGAAAGCGGCUGCCAGUCCUUUGAAUGCCCUGAAGACAGCUUUCAUUGCACUUCUGGGGAAUGUUUAGAUACGGACGUGGUCUGUAACGGCCGGGAAGACUGCCGAGACGGAAGUGACGAAGCCUCUUGCACAUCUGCUUCCUGCCCCGCGUCGAGGCCACUUUUUUGUUCGUCAGGUGAAUGCAUUUCUUUCUGGCAAGCGUGUAAUGGAAAUUUCGACUGCAAGGACCGCAGUGAUGAGAGUAGGUGCCCAGAUAUUCCAUGUCCUCCUCACAGAGACUUCAAGUGCGCAACUGGGCAAUGUUUAGACUUUUAUUCCGAUCCUCAGUGCGAUGGCACCGAGUCCUGUGCUGACGGCAGUGACGAAGCGAGCUGUGACUCCUUCCAGUGUCCCGACGAUCGACCCUACAAAUGUGAUUCAGGAGAAUGUUUGUACGAUUAUGAUUAUGAAUGUGACGACUACAGAGACUGUAAAGAUGGAAGUGAUGAGAAUAAUUGCGAUAUAACUGGUCCCUGUCCGGAUAGUGACGACUUCCGUUGCAGUUCAGGUGCGUGUGUGUGGAUUGGCUAUUGGUGCAACGGAAGAAUAGACUGUAUUGAUGGAAGUGACGAGACUGAUUGUCAAAGUUUCACGUGUCCUGAGAAUCGGCCUUUUCAAUGUGGAUCAGGGGAAUGUUUGUAUGAAUUUGAUGUUUGUGAUGGACGGAUUGACUGCAAAGAUGGAAGUGAUGAAAUCAACUGCAAGGACCAAGAAUGUUAUGGUGAUGGUAUUAGCUGUGGGUCUGGUGAAUGCAUUUACAGGUGGAGCCAAUGUGAUGGAUAUCCAGACUGUCGAGACGGCAAUGACGAAGCCAGUUGCGAUGAAUUCACGUGUCCUGCAAUUCGCCCAUUCCACUGCGGCUCAGGGGAGUGCCGACGUCCCUACCAUCGGUGUGACGGCUUUAUGCAGUGUGCUGACGGAAUUGACGAAGUUAACUGCGGCAACUUCACGUGCCCAGAUAAUCGGCCCUUCAAAUGUGCUUCGGGAAUCUGCAUCACCAUCUACCAAGUAUGCAACGGACUUGAUGACUGCGGAGACGGAAGCGAUGAAGUCGACUGUCAGGAUUUCAAGUGUCCUCCUGAGACAGCCUUCCAAUGCCCAGAGGGCAAUUGCAUUCCUGUCCGUUUUGUGUGUGAUGGGGACCGGAACUGCCUUGGAGGCGGUGAUGAAGAAGACUGUGAGAACUACGAGGUGCAAUGUCCAAAAAGGUUUAAGUGCGAAGCUGAUAACAAAUGCCUAAGGUUGCCAUGGGUAUGUGAUGGCUUUGAAGACUGUAGUGAUGGAUCAGAUGAGGAAAAUUACCGGGUCAAGUUCUCAAAUACUUUGGUCGUUCAAUCACGCCGAGUGUUCCAAAUGUCUCUGGUGCCUGCCACUAGUUUGUGUACUGUAGAUGUGUCGCCAUCACUACGUAAAGAUAUUUGGGUUGCUUACUCUCAGAUGAGGGCAGGUGAUGUGAGGGUUAGCACCAACCUGCUACUUGAGAAUCUUAAGAGUGCGUGGGGACGUUAUCCUUUGCCUUCUUGUCGUUGUCUUGGUCCACAACUAGCCCAAAGAUUUGACCUUGUAAACAUGGUGAAAUGUGUUGUAUACUUCCAGGGUAGAGAAGGAAAUGAACCUGAUGCUGGUGGAUUUGCAAGCACCCAGUCUUCGCUUCUCCUAACAGCCCAGAAGAAUGGAGGAGGUGGAUCAUUUCCCUCAAACGCCAUGACACAGGAUGGUACCCAGUCCAGACCUUCGGGAAAACAACAGCAGCGUGAUAUUUUGAAAUCUGAUGCUGUUCCUUUGAUCUUCAACUGCCACCCAGACCUUGGCCCUUGCAACAUGGAGUAUUGUAUAAAACCUUUAAAUCCAAUUGCAUACAAACGUAUGUUUAUUUUGUCAAAUAACGUAAUACUUCCAUCUGCAAUUUUGACAACAAAAUUGACCCGAGUAGCAUUUUCUAACAAAGUCAUGCUUGUAGAUUGGUGGGGAAGUUCUGAGGGCAACGAAAAUUUUGAGGCACCGGGUUACAGCACCAGAGGCGCAUACCCAUUUCCUAACACCAGCUGCCCUGACAAGACGUCGCUCAGUGGAGCGGACGCCGAGUGUCGGUCCGUCUGCAGCAGAGACUUUCACUGUCCCGUCCUCCAGUACUGCUGUCUCAACACUUGUGAUCGCAGGUGUGUCACGCCGGAAUUGCUAGAUACAGGAGACGACUGUGGUUGCUCAGUAUCAUUUCUACCGAUGAAACAGGCAAAUGAUCUCUCUCCUGAUUUUGUUAAAAUAAACGCAAGAAUUGUCAACUUUAUGUGGCUCUCUGUGAAAGACAGUUUCUCUCCGUCAAUGGAAGUCCACCUGCUUGAUACCAACUUUAGAACCACCGGAAUAGGACAGGUCGACAAUCUCUGCCAGCUAGAACACAUUUUGGAUUUCGAAUUCCGUAGCAAAACAUUGGAUUUGUUCAAAAAGCCUCACAGAAAGCUAUUUGUGAUCGGCGACAAUGUCGACUUCUUCACAAGAGUUACUGAAGCGGGCGCAUUGGGCGAGAUAUUCGAGUCGGUGUGCGCGGUGGCGGUUGGGAACGUGACGCUCAGCGACAGCCUGCUCAGCCAGUUCGCAUCCACUGCCAGUCCAGGAGAACCUUGUGUAUGGCGGGUGGACUCUUACGACCAACUGGGCGACCUCCAGCCGGAGGUGGAGGCCGUAAUCGACGAUGGAAACUGUCUUUGUCCUGGCGACACGAAGGGGCAGGGUGCAUGCGCAGGGCCCGGCGAGAGCUGCGUGCUCGACGAGGACUGCGGUCUGAAGGGCGACUGCGUCGGCGGCGUCUGCAGGGAGCGACCUUGCCACGUCCCAGAUUCCUACGACCCAAACAGCGACAUUAAUUACGAUUAUUAUGUAGAAGAUUAUUAUUAUUAUUAUGUAGAUUUCUACAACUAUUUGGAUGAAUUUGGUGCUGGACUUCACAUUACAUACGAUUACUUCUAUGACGGCAGCGAUACAAGUAUACGGAAGCAACUGGAAAGAUCUUCGAAUAUCUUGUCUCAAGAGGAAAAAUCGACAAUUGCUGUUAGAGAUGUUUUUACACCAAUAGAAGGCUGCUGUGGCAACGGAAGAUUGACGUGCAGCGGAGUCCCAGCGGUGUGUGUUUCCCCGGAUUCUGUUUGCGACGGAACUGUUGACUGCAUCAACGGGGACGAUGAGACGCCGGAGGCCUGCGAGAAGCGUGUGUGUGGCGAGGGAAGGUUCCAGUGCUCCAGCGGAGAAUGUGUGUCGAGGCGGAAGGUGUGUGACGGCGAGGUCGACUGUCCUGACGGAUCCGACGAAUUCUGUCGCAACUUCACCGACUGCCCCGCGCCUCGGUCGCACUACUGCUCGUCCGGGGAGUGCAUCGGCCUCCACCGGAUAUGCGACGGAGAGCUAGACUGCUUGAGUGGAGAGGAUGAGAUUCCCUGUCAAUGUUUAAGUUUCAAAUGCUUGUCAGGAGAAUGUAUAAGUGCGUUUGAUGAGUGUGACGGUACUCAGACCUGCAAAGACGGUUCAGACGAGCACUGUGUUCCGCCCAGUGGAGAUCCAUGCCCACCGUCUCGUUCAUUUCCCUGUAAUGAUGGCAGAUGCAUUUUUACUUCCAGUUUGUGUGAUGGUUUUGAGCAGUGUGCCGAUGGCUCUGAUGAAGAUCCCGAAGUCUGCGCAACGUCAGGUUGUUCGAGGUGUGAUUCUGGGGAAUGCGUAGAUCCCGAUUUGUAUUGUGAUGGAGUGGAUGAUUGCGAAGAUGGGUCAGAUGAAAACGACUGCCAGUCCUUUGAAUGCCCCGGAGGAAGCUUUCAUUGCACUUCUGGUGAGUGCUUAGUUGCGGACGUGGUCUGUAAUGGCCGAGAAGACUGUCGAGACGGAAGUGACGAAGCCUCUUGCACAUCUGCCUCCUGCCCCGCGUCGAGGCCACUUUUUUGUUCGUCAGGAGAAUGCAUAUCUUACGGGCAAGCGUGUGAUGGAAAUUUCGACUGCAAGGACCGCAGUGAUGAGAGUAGGUGCCCAGAUAUUCAAUGUCCUCCUCACAGAGAGUUCAGGUGCGCAACUGGGCAAUGUUUAGACUUUUAUUCCGAUCCUCAGUGCGAUGGCACCGAGUCGUGCGUUGACGGCAGUGACGAAGCGAGUUGUGACUCUUUCGAGUGUCCCGACGGUCGACCCUACAAAUGUGAUUCAGGGGAAUGUUUGUUUGGUAAUGGUGUUGAAUGUGACGACUACAGAAACUGUAAAGAUGGAAGUGAUGAGAAUAAUUGCGAUAUAACUGGUCCCUGUCCGGAUAGUGACGACUUCCGUUGCAGUUCAGGUGAGUGUGUGUGGAAUGGAUUUUGGUGCGACGGAAGAAUAGACUGUGUUGAUGGUAGUGACGAGACCGAUUGUCAAAGUUUCACGUGUCCUGAGAAUCGGCCUUUUCAAUGUGGAUCAGGGGAAUGUUUGUAUGAAUAUGAUGUUUGUGAUGGACGGAUUGACUGCAAAGAUGGAAGUGAUGAAAAUAACUGCAAGGACCAAACAUGCUAUGGUGGUCGCAUCAGCUGUAUGUUUGGUGAGUGUAUCUAUAACUGGAGCCGAUGUGAUGGAUAUCCAGACUGUCGAGACGGCAAUGACGAAGCCAGUUGCGAUGAAUUCACGUGUCCUGCAAUUCGCCCAUUCCACUGCGGCUCAGGGGAGUGCCGACGUCCCUACCAUCGGUGUGACGGCUUCGUGCAGUGUGCUGACGGAAUUGACGAAGUUAACUGCGCCAACUUCACGUGCCCAGAUAAUCGGCCCUUCAAAUGUGCUUCGGGAAUCUGCAUCACCAUCUACCAAGUAUGCAACGGACUUGAUGACUGCGGAGACGGAAGCGAUGAAGUCGACUGUCAGGAUUUCAAGUGUCCUCCUGAGACAGCCUUCCAAUGCCCAGAGGGCAAUUGCAUUCCUGUCCGUUUUGUGUGUGAUGGGGACCGGAACUGCCUUGGAGGCGGUGAUGAAGAAGACUGUGAGAACUACGAGGUGCAAUGUCCAAAAAGGUUUAAGUGCGAAGCUGAUAACAAAUGCCUAAGGUUGUCAUGGGUAUGUAAUGGCUUUGAAGACUGUAGUGAUGGAUCAGAUGAGAAAAAUUGCGACUGAGUAGUCAUCUGUCUCGCAUUAUUUGGUUUGGUAUUCUUUAUAUUGGAAUGUGCAUGCAUACACUUCACACCGAGUCAACCCGAAAUGACUUUCCAGAUGCACACGAAUAUUUGAAAAAAAAAGUUUUACCGUUCAACCGUUAACCUAUUAUACAUUGAAUUAAGCAGUAUUUGUAAUGCUUUGUUUUAUAAGUAAAUGGCUACAGAAAUUAUUAUAGAUUUGUAACAUGUCAUAAGUAUUAAUAUACAACAAAUAAAAAUACCCCGUUUUGGCUUAAACUUUCACUCAGUAAACGAAGUGUAUUUUUUUCAUUUCACAACUAGGUGGAAACCCUUUGUUGCUUUAUGAUUAUUAUUGUACUGGAAUAUAGUUUUCCAAUAAUAAUGGUGAUGGAAAUAAA